AGUACCUCUGCCCAUCACCUUUCCACUUUUCUCCUCCUGAUUCCUUCCUACCCAUCCUGAUUCCUGAUAUCCAAAUGGGCAUGCUGAAAAUAGGCAAGAACUGCAGUGUUUGCAAGGAGUGGCAAGAACACUGCUACUGGAGCCAUAUGGCCGAUGACUGUAAGCACUUCUUGACGUAUAUGGUUGGGGACUUCACCGAGAGCAUGAUCGUGCCUAGUAGAUUUGCCAACAAUUUCAACGGGCACAUUUCAGAGGUCGUGAAUCUGAAGUCACCUAGCGGCAAAACAUGGAGCAUUGGAGUAGCCUACAGUGACACCGGUGAACUAGUUCUUCGGUCAGGCUGGAAAGAGUUCGUGGAUGCUAAUGGCGUCCAGGAAAAUGACUGCCUGCUCUUCAGGUACAGUGGCGUCUCCUCCUUCGAUGUGCUCAUCUUUGAUCCGUCCGGCUGCGAGAAGGCGUCGCCGCAUUUCGUCGAGAACCGUGGAUUUGGGAGAGAAGAGAAGUCUGCAGGAGCUGAAGGAGGAGGCAGAGAUGGUGACAAGAAUGGCCAUCACCAACACCAGCUGGAGAUGACACCCCACAAGAACAGCAGCAGGUGCAGGAGCAUCCCCAGUGCAUGUAAGCGCGGAUUAUUCAGUGAUGAGAUAGAGCAAGAUCAUCGCGAAGAGAAGAAGGAAGGGGACGAUGAAGACGAAGAUGAAGAUGAAGACGAAGACGUUGACAAAGAUGGAGAGGACAGGUACUACUUCUGCAGGCACGGCGGGCGAGUGACCGAGUACAACCUGAGCAAGGGAGACAAGGAGGAGAUCUCGCGCGUCCCCGUGCCGGUGGAGCCUGGCAACCCGGUGUUGGUGAAGGUCAUCCACGCCAGCCACCUCCUCUCCAGCCGCUACAGCACAGUAGGCGUGUCGCCGGAGUUCGCCGGCAGGUACCUGGGGCCGGCCAUGGCGAGGGAGGUGGUGAUGGAGAGGGGAGGAGGAGGAGGAGGAGGGGAUCAGUGGCACGUCCGGUUCGUGCGCCGGGAGAGCAGCCGCGGCUUCCACGGCACCGGGUGGCGUCGGUUCGCCCGUGACAAUGGCCUCCUCGCCCACGACGUCUGCCUCUUCGAGCUCAGGUUGGUGGACGGCGCCGGCGCCGGCGACCGCCUGCGCCGCCGGCCGAGGCCGACGAUGGCCGUGCACGUCCUCCGGCGGGUGCGCGGCCGCUUCGUGCUGAUUCGCUGACCAACCAUCCAUGUGCAGCUCAAACUGGUGAACUGAUCUGAGCCCAACCUGGUCGCCUCUCUGCUUGCUAGCUCUUGCUUGCUGCUGGUCCUGGUGACAACUAGUGCAUCUGUAAUAUCUGGUCAGGCUGUGUCUAAUUCGUAGUACCAAGUUGUGUUAAAUUCGGUGCUACGUUACAAUAAUUUUAGGAUGAAGGAAGUAUGCACGUACGUACCUGGUGAUGAUCAAGCUUUCUGGUCUGAUUAAUGUGGACCUC